AUGAAGAAAGGAUAUUCUUUUGAGAAGCGGAGUGCCCGCAGAGAAUCCUUUACAACUCACGCAGCUGAUGGGUUUCGAUGGAGAACUGAAUCUGAAGUGUCCAUUCCAGAAGAGGUUGUUGCUAACAGCAAAGACGUGGUCCACCACCCCUCUCUGUUCGGGAAAUACCAGCACAGCCUGCAGGCUCUUAAGCCCUUCCGCUGGUCGUCUUCACAAUCCCACCCUGUGGACAAUGCCGGCUUCUUGUCCUUUACAACUUUUGCCUGGAUGACCCCCAUGAUGUGGUCCAUAUUCAAAAACAGGCUGGACAUGUCCUGCCUUAGCCUGUCUCAAUUUGAUGCAGCUGACACCAGUGGAGACAGGCUGCAGAGACUCUGGGAGGAAGAGGUGGAGAAGAAAGGCCUGGAGGAUGCCUCGCUGGUCCGAACGGUCCUUCGUUUUCAGAGAACCAGACUCAUCCUGUCAGUCGUCAUCGGGAUCCUGGCCAUGGUGGCGGCCUUUUUUGGCCCGGCUGUCCUGGUCUACCAGAUCUUAAAUUAUAUUGAAACCCCAGAGGGGUCCACGGUGACCGGUGUUGGUUUGUCUGUGGCUCUGUUCACCUCUGAGUUCUGCAAAGCUUUCUUCAUAUCGUUGAUGUGGGCGAUCAACCUGCGCACGGCGGUCCGAAUGAAGGGAGCCUUCUCCACGAUGGCCUAUCAGAAGGUCAUCUCUUUGCGGGUGCACAGCAGCAUUUCAAUGGGCGAGAUGAUAAACAUCCUGACCAACGACGGCCACAGACUGUUUGAGGCGGUCGUGUUUGGGAGCUUCGUUCUCUCCACCCCGGUGCUCUUCAUCGUGUGCAUCGUGUACUCCUGCUAUGUGCUCGGUUUCACCGCACUGACCGGAGUCUGCACCUACCUCGUCUUCGUCCCCGUACAGUUUUACUUGGCCAGACUCAUUAACAAGUUCAGAGGGAAAGCCAUGCAGAUAACGGACAGCCGAGUUCGCACAAUGAACGAGAUCCUCAGCAGCAUCAAGCUCAUCAAGAUGUACGCCUGGGAGGAGUCGUUUGAGAAGAAGAUCGCAGGAUUAAGAAAAACUGAAAUGAAACAGAUCCAGUGGGUCAGUUACAUCCAGAACAUAAACACCAGCAUCACCAGCAUCAUCCCCACCCUCGCCACCGUCCUCACCUUCCUGGUUCACACUUUGCUGGGUCUGCCGCUCGGCACGUCCGAUGCCUUUACUACAAUCGCCAUUUUCAACUCCAUGAGGUUCUGCCUUGCUCUAAUGCCACUGUCUGUGAAGGCCGUAGCUGAAGCUGCCGUCUCCAUUGCUCGACUGAGGAAACUUUUGCUGGUCCAGAACCCAGAGCCCUACCUGACGCAGAAGGACAGCCAUUCAGCGAUAGUGAUGAAAAACGCCACACUCUCCUGGAGCAAACCAGACCAACAGCCGGAACCCCCCGCCUGCCCGGACAAUCAGCUUAAAGGACACGGGAUGACAAACGGGAUGUCCAAGACGGGAGACACUGAUAAUUUGCCAACCCUGAGAAACGUCUCCUUCACGCUGCCGAAGGGCAACCUGCUUGGCGUCUGUGGAAACGUGGGGAGUGGAAAGACGUCUCUCAUUUCCAGUGUCCUGGAGCAGAUGCAUCUUCUUCAGGGCUCCAUCACAGCUGAUGGGACAUUUGCGUAUGUUUCCCAGCAGGCCUGGAUAUUCCACGGGACAGUUCAAGAAAAUAUCCUGAUGGGGGAACUUUUUGACCAGGCCAAAUAUGACAGAGUAGUAGAUGUGUGCAGCCUCAGAGCUGAUCUGAAAAUCCUGCCAUGCGGUGAUCAAACUGAGAUUGGAGAGAGGGGUCUGAAUCUGUCAGGAGGACAGAAGCAGAGGAUCAGCCUGGCCAGAGCUGUCUACUCCAACAAGGACAUCUUCCUCCUCGAUGACCCGCUGUCCGCCGUCGACGCCCAUGUGGGAAAACACAUUUUUGAAAAAUGCAUAAAAAAGAAGCUUCAAGGAAAAUCUGUCAUACUAGUUACACACCAACUCCAGUAUUUGGAGUUCUGCGAUGACAUCAUGGUUCUGGAGGACGGGGAAGUCCGUGAGGCUGGAAACCAUCAAACGCUGAUGAAAGUCAAUGGACGCUAUGCUCAGAUGAUCAGCAACUACCAGAUGGAACAGUCCAAAACUCAGAAAGAAAAGGAGGAGGAUUCAGUCGAAGAUGCUCCGGAGUUGGAAGAGCUCAGGCAGCGUGCUGACAGUGGGAUAGUGAACCCCGCAUUCGACAUGUCAGAUGAAAAGGAGGAUGGAACGACAGCCAAUCAAAAGCCUGCUGAGAAGGUUGAUCAGCUGGUCAGUCAGGAGUCCUCCACAGAGGGAUCUGUCUCCUGGAGAGUGUACCACCAGUACUGCCAGGCAGUCGGAGGCUACAUCGUGUCCUUCCUCACCAUCCUGAACAUCGUCCUCAUGAUCGGAUCCACAGCGUUCAGCAACUGGUGGCUCAGCCACUGGCUGGAGCAGGGCAAUGGGACUUCAUCAGCAAACGCCACUUCUAACGCCGGUGAUGUCUCACAAAAUCCACGCCUGCACUUCUACCAAAUGGUUUAUGGUGUGAUGGUCAUCGUCACAGUGGUACUUGCUGUGAUCAAGUGCUUCUUUUACACUCACGUCACACUAAGAGCCUCCUGCAAACUCCACGACCGCAUGUUCAGGAAGAUUUUCGCCAGCCCGAUGAGUUUCUUUGACACGACGCCAACAGGACGCAUCCUGAACCGCUUCGCCAAAGAUCAAGAAGAGGUGGACACUGUUCUUCCUCUCCACAUGGACCCCUUCCUGCAGUUCUGUCUUCUCGUCACCUUCACCAUCAUCAUCAUCGCCUCUGUCUUUCCCCUGAUGUUGGUCGCUGUGGUUGUCAUGGGAGCCUUAUUCACACUUGUCCUUUUCGUAUUCCAGAGAAGUAUACGUCAGAUGAAGAAGAUGGAGAACAUCAGUCGCUCUCCCUGCAUCUCUCUCACCACCUCUACCCUGCAGGGCCUCAGCACCAUCCAUGCCUACAACAUCCGAGACAGCCACAUCAAACUUUUCAAGUCCCUGAACGACAUCAACUCCAAUCAUUAUUUGCUGUUUCACUCCGGCACUCGCUGGCUCUCCUUCUGGUUGGACUUCAUGGCUGCUACCAUGACUCUGAUGGUGUCUCUGUUUGUGGUGCUCAGCAGUAAUGAUGUCAUCAACACAGCCCUGAAAGGCCUGGCCAUGUCUUAUACCAUUCAGUUGACAGGUAUGCUCCAGUACGUCGUGAGACAGUCAACAGAGGUGGAGGCGCGGUUCAACUCGGUGGAACGCCUGUUGGAGUACAUCACGAACUGCCAGCCCGAGGCCCCCAGGCACAUAAAUGAGGCUCGUAUCCCAGACAGCUGGCCCAAGGAUGGAGCCAUCACCUUCCAGAACUACAAGAUGAGGUACAGAGAAAACACGCCCGUUGUCCUGAACGGGCUUGAUUUCCACAUUCAAGCUGGAGAGAAAGUUGGCAUCGUGGGAAGGACAGGGUCCGGGAAGUCUUCGUUAGGCGUGGCUCUGUUCAGACUUGUGGAGCCAGCAGCAGGAACCAUCCUUGUGGACGGGGUGGAGAUCAUGGCCAUUGGUCUGCAGGAUCUGCGCAGCAAACUGUCCAUCAUCCCCCAGGAACCUGUGCUGUUCACUGGCACAGUCCGAUACAACCUGGACCCCUUUGAUACUUACACUGAUGAGGAGAUCUGGACCGUGCUGCAGAAGACCUACAUGCAGGACUCUAUCUCCAAGCUGGAGGGGAAGCUUCAGGCUGAUGUGUUGGAAAAUGGAGAAAACUUCUCUGUAGGCGAGAGACAGCUCAUGUGUAUGGCUCGAGCACUUCUCCGUAACUCCAAGAUCAUCCUCCUGGACGAGGCCACAGCCUCCAUAGACGCAGAGACGGACGCUCUGAUCCAGACCACCAUCAAAGAGUCCUUCCAGGACUGCACCAUGCUCACCAUCGCACAUCGCAUCAACACUGUCAUGCACUCAGAUCGAAUUCUGGUCAUGGACAAAGGAAAGGUGGCAGAGCUGGACCCUCCAGAUGUGCUGAAGCAAAGACCCGACUCUCUGUUCUCCUCACUCCUCACUGCUGCCAACACUGUCAACACAUAA